GGUCCCAUCGCCUUGCGGAGCGGGAUGGAGGCGGCCGAGCCGGCUCUGAGCGCGGAGACCCUCCGGGGGCGGCUGCUGCGGGGGCUGGAGGCGGAGCACGUGGAAGUGGAGGACACGACCCCGAGCCGCUGCUCCACCAGCUUCAAGGUUCUCGUUGUCUCGGGCCGGUUCCGGGGGAAGCCCCUGCUCCAGCGACACCGGCUGGUGAACGAGCUGCUGGCCGAGGAGCUGAAGCACAUUCACGCCUUCGAGCAGCGCACGCUGACCCCCGAGCAGUGGGAGAAGGAGCGGGGGGGCCUGCAGUGAGCCCCCCCGGAGCAGGACGCAGCUGGCACCGCCGCGCCCCACGGAGCUGAGCCAUCGGCUGGAAUAAAGGAUUAUGGGCA